AUGCUGGCACAAACACUAGCUUGUUACCGUUGCCUGGGCCAUGAUCACUUCAUCAGGGAUUGUCCAAAGCAACUAACACCAAUCACAAGAGGACCAUUUUCAACUAACAAUGAUCAUGGUCGUAACAACAAUAAUAACAACAACCAAGGAGGCAUAAAGCGGAACACACCUCGACCACCGACGACUGGAAGAGUCUUCGUAAUGAGGCACGAAGAGGCAAAUGAGGAUGAUAACGUCAUCACUAGUACCCUCUCUAUCCAUUCUUCCCCUGCCCAUGUUCUCUUUGAUUAUGGAGCUUCACAUUCUUUUAUUUCUCCAUUAUUUGCGAAAUGUUCAAAUUUGAAACCAUGUUGUGACUUUCAUGCUAUGAGUGUUGCCCUUCCUAGCGGAGAAAUUGUGAAAUGUAGAAGCAUGUAUAGAAAUUGUCCUAUUAUAAUAGAGAAAAUUGAGUUUCUAGCUGACCUAAUAGCUUUUGACCUAUCGGAAUUUAAUAUAAUUUUGGGAACGAACUGGUUGAUUAAGUAUAAAGCUAACCUUAAUUGUUCAAAGCAGAGUGUGACCCUUAAAACUCCAAUUGGGGAUAGGAUUUCAUUCCAAAAGUUAGUGAGAAAACCAAUUAUUCAAAUUGUCUCUGCUUUGAAAGCUCGUAAAAUAGCUGAGAGUGACUUUUCUGGUUAUCUUUUAUAG